AUGCAACGAUCAGGUGUAGACCUAAAAAUUCUCAAAACUGUACUGAAGUUGCAGAGGGAACUUGAUGUCACAGCAUAUCAGCAGUUCAUGUGGUUGUGCAUGUUACCAAAUGCUUUAAAAGAGAAAUGGGCUCUGCUUGCAUCAGUAAUACCUGCGCUGAAACUAGAUGAGAUAUAUAUUAGUGAGAAUAUACUGAUGUCAGUUCUUUGGAGAGCUCAAGCGCGUCAUUCUAGUGGCUCCGUGACAUCUGACUGUUUGCUUGCGUGGUUCGUUAAUGAUAGCAAUGAUCGUCAAAGCUGUGCUCGAUUUCUGGCAAAUUGCUUAAUAUCUUCCAAUCGAAUGCGUCGCUUAAACAGCUCACGGUUUUGGCUGGCGAAACUGAACACUAAUAUCAAGUCUAAAUUGAUAAUGAAAGAAACUGCUGAAAUCAUCUUGCAAAUGAUUUCGACAGAAAAUCGAUCUUUUGAGCAAACUAAUGAAGGUUACUGCCUUACUGAAGAGGAAAUGUGUGGUUUGUUAUACAUGGAUUAUUCCUGCAAUCCGGAAAGGGAAGAAUUAGUUUGGAUGCGCUAUGAUCGUCUUUUAUAUGGAUGGAUUUCCGUUCAAAAAUUUUUCAUUCGUGCAUUAGAGAACAAUGAAAUUGAUUUGAUGAGCAGUUGUCUGACUUCAUAUCACUCAUUAUUACGUCUUAAUGCACUUGAAUUAUUGAACAGACUGAUGAAUAAGAAAUUGUUCGACUGGUCUCGUCAACUAGGAAGUGUCAAAUCCUUUGUGCUUCAAAAUUUGGAUACCGCCGAUGCUAAUUUUGGCGCUGCACUCAUACACUUAGUGCAUAUUUCGAAUGCAAAAACACGUAAGCGUUUGGAAAUAGCUUUACGUGAAGAACUUGAAAAGAUCUGGAAUGAUCGGAAUCGAUCAUGUCAAACUAUAUUUGUUUUGGAACUUCUCAAACAGUGCGGUUUUGACAGAUGGUUGGCUGAUUCACAGUUGAUGGAUUCAAUUUUUAGCAGUGAUAUUACGGAGAUAAGGACAAAAAUACUUAUGUGUUUAUCUGUUGCGGAGUCUGAUUCACAGAUUUUUCUUACCGAUAAAUUUGUGGAAAUGCUCAAUGCUGAUAGCAUGGAUGGUUUAAGCUGUCUUGUGAAAAUAAUGUUGCGAUUUAAAGAUCCGAAAGAAAUUUUGGAUUUAGUGAAGGAAUCUAAACACAAAAAUUCGAACAAUGUGAAAAUUGCGCUUUCUUCACUAUUAGAGAAUUUUACUGAUCAGUUCAUUUUUGAUCCUUGUUUUUGGAUGGAAGUUUGUAUUAAAUCCAAUGUUGAUUUGAUUUUAUCCAGUGGCAGUGAGCAUAGUGGUCAGUGCUCAUCACUUCCUGAACUAUAUAGGAGAUUGUAUCCUUUAACCUCUCCAACAUUGAUGAUAAGUGAUAAACAGCGUAUGGCAGUCGACAAGUAUUACCAUACCUUAAAGGUAAAUUGCGAAAUGUUAGCAUCUUUAUGCGAAACGAUAGGAGCAAAGAAUAUUAUUACUGGUGCAUACGAUUCGGUGUGGAAUGUAUUGAUGCGAAAUCGUCAUAAAGGUGUGGUCGAUGAUUGUGCUGUCUGUUUUAGUAGAAUAACAGCUUGUUGUAUGACGAAUGGUUUACGUGAUGUAAUAUACCAAUAUCUCGAGAAAACAAAAACGUUGUUCGUGGAUCUUGAAUGUACGACCCGUAAUUUGGCAUUUUGCUUAAUUUUUAAAAUAUUUCAUGAAGUAUUGGGUGCGGAUAACAGUGUUAUUAACUUUCUGUUUGAAAAUGUUCGCUUUGGCUUAUGCACACCACUGAUAGCUGUACGAUUAAUGAAAGUACUAAAAACUUUCCUAUAUAUGACAAAUUUUGAUGUGACUUAUUGUGCUAUAAAAAUCUUUAAAGCAGUUUUGGAUUUCUAUCGAACAGGUAACAGUAUGGUACGGAACGCAACAUGCCACUGCUAUGCUGCAUUACUUCACAAACUCAUAGAUGACAUAGAUUACGGGACUCCUCUCUUCAUGUUUGCCUUACAACACGACUUACUAUGGAAUGAAUAUUGUCAACAGCUGGAACAGACAACGGUGCAUGAUCCAGCUUUAAUACUGCUACUUUCAUUGUUGGAGAAAUUACGUUUUGUGAGCGCAUCAUUUUACACCACAGCUCAAUUAAAACAUCUGCAGUCGUUGGUGAACAAACUUGUUUCUUUGCUCGUGGUGAGUCCUAAUAUGCGAAUCAAUCGUUUGCUAGUAUCUGCUUUGUUGCGUUUGGUAUCUUGUAGAAGAAAAUUAAUGCAUCGAUUGAAGAGCAUCGUGGAACGUAAAUUGCCACUGAAUAUUAAAAAUUCUUUGAACUAUGCUAUCUCAGAAUUAGAAGCAAUGGAAUUCCUGGAUUCGCCAUUUGAUUCAUUUCAUUCUUUCGGUUCACAUUCCAUUGCUCUAUUGCCCAGUUUAAUUCAAAAAACUGACAAAGUGCUUAAUGAUAACCGUUUUGUUUCUUUUGAACAUUUUGGAGCUUUACUUACGGAAAUUGAGAAGCAUGCUUAUUCAUCGAAAGAAUUGUGGAGGUUGCAUGCAGCGCACGCUUUAAUGAUGGUUUCUCGUACUUCAUGCACCAUGCUGACUCAUUCUCCUUGUUAUAGAUUUAGAUUUAUAUCUUGUUGUCGAUCGCUUCUAUUAGAUGAAGUUGACUGUAUCAAGCGCAUUGCAUUUGGCGUGGUUAAUGCGUGCAAUGGUGAAACUACGUUAUCCUAUUCGUGGAAUCCACCUAUAAAAUUGAAGAUCAAAAGAAAUAGGAAAAUUGGGAAGACGUAUACGACUUUUCAGCAAUAUACUGAACUGGAAAGACGUAUUACCGAUGAUGAUUCUAGCUAA